AUGGAGAACCAGCAGAAGGACGUCGACCAGUCCCAGUACAUUGACAAUGCUAUUCGCGCUGUCCGUGAGAAGAAGCCGCUCCCUGAGAUCGACUUCACCCUGCAUACUAUGGAAGAUGGGAACCAAGUGAGCACACAGGAACGUGUAUGCAAAGACGUACAAGCACCCGCCUUCCACCCACCCACCGAUGAGCAAUUCUUCUCCCCCCAGGAUCGCACGAAGCCCAAUAUCCAAUUCCUCAAGCAGCACUUCUACCGUGAAGGUCGUUUGACCGAGCAACAGGCGCUAUGGAUCAUAAAGAAGGGCACAGAGAUUCUAAAGUCGGAGCCCAACAUGUUGGAGAUGGACGCACCCAUUACUGUGUGCGGUGACGUUCACGGACAAUAUUACGAUCUCAUGAAGCUGUUCGAAGUUGGUGGCGACCCAGCAGAGACGCGCUACCUCUUCUUGGGCGACUACGUCGACCGCGGCUAUUUCAGUAUAGAGUGCGUUCUAUACCUUUGGUCUCUCAAGAUCUGGUACCCCAACACGCUCUGGCUACUUCGAGGAAACCACGAGUGCCGCCAUUUGACCGACUACUUCACUUUCAAGCUCGAGUGCAAGCACAAGUACUCCGAGGCCGUAUACGAAGCAUGUAUGGACUCGUUCUGCGCAUUGCCGCUGGCCGCCGUCAUGAACAAGCAGUUCUUGUGCAUACACGGUGGAUUGAGCCCUGAGUUACACACUCUGGAUGAUUUGAAGAGCAUUGACCGUUUCCGCGAGCCACCCACCCACGGCCUCAUGUGCGACAUUCUCUGGGCCGACCCACUUGAGGAGUUUGGUCAGGAGAAGACCAACGAUUUCUUCGUUCACAACCACGUUCGUGGAUGCUCAUACUUCUUUUCAUACCCCGCCGCGUGCGCUUUCCUCGAGAAGAACAACCUCUUGUCGAUCAUCCGCGCGCACGAGGCCCAAGAUGCCGGAUACCGAAUGUACAGGAAAACACGGACAACUGGUUUCCCUAGUGUCAUGACAAUCUUCAGUGCGCCAAACUACCUCGACGUGUACAACAACAAGGCUGCGGUUCUCAAGUACGAGAACAAUGUCAUGAACAUCCGACAGUUCAACUGCACACCGCAUCCCUACUGGCUGCCUAACUUCAUGGACGUCUUCACAUGGUCAUUGCCAUUCGUUGGUGAAAAGAUUACGGACAUGCUCAUCGCCAUUUUGAACACCUGCUCUAAGGAGGAACUCGAGGAAGAGACACCCAGCUCUUUGGCAUCAGGACCAUCAUCGCCUCCUCUCUCCAGUCUCGAUCCGGAUUCGACCGAGUUCAAGCGACGUGCGAUCAAGAACAAGAUUUUGGCUAUUGGUCGACUCUCCCGCGUGUUCCAAGUGCUGCGUGAAGAGUCUGAGCGCGUUACUGAGCUGAAGACAGCGUCGGGCGGUCGACUUCCUGCGGGUACACUCAUGCUUGGUGCGGAAGGUAUCAAACAGGCGAUUCACAGCUUCGAGGACGCGCGUAAGGUCGAUCUACAGAACGAGAGGCUCCCGCCAAGCCACGAAGAGGUACGAAAGUCUCAGGAGGUUAGCCGAGAGCAGGCUCUCGAGAAGGCCACCAAAGAGGCAGACAACGAUCAAGGACUCGCCACCGUCGCAAGGCGUAUCAGCAUGUCAUCUGGUGUCCUUACUCCACGCUCGACGAACCUCCGCGUGCGCUCCGCAUCGACACAUGUCUCGCCGACCGCGAUAAAUCUGCGCCCGCACAUCCCACCCCGGAACAAGGGACUAUAUGAUGCGCUAUCAGCGCUCAGUGGAGUCGCUGAAACACAUGUCAACAUAAGUAGACUGCAAUUGGCAUUGCGGGGUCUGGCGGCGCAGGAUGCUGUGACGAGAGUUGCUGUUCUCGGUUUGAACAGCCAAUUGAGUGCACAGCAGCUUGCGCGGUUACUGCUUGCAGACCCGCUAAGUGCUGAGGAGCAGUGGGAGAAGGAGCUCGUGAAGACAAGUGAUGGCAACGAGAGAGCGGUACUAUUAAAAUAUGGCGACGACCCCGAUGCACAUGCGCCUUCGCCGCUCUACAAGGUCCUCUCGAUACCCUCACGAACGCUCCAGUCGCACAAUCUAGAAGUCCUCGUCUCUACCAUCAACGUCAAUGUUGCAAAGUCGGUACCUCAUAUGAUAACAGAGAGCUCCACUGAAUCGUUGCUUGUUCCUAAGCUCCAGGCUACUUCUGCACGAGGAUUACCCGUCCCAUACCCGGUGCAUAAGACAUUGGUACUGGGGGAAGGGUUAGACAGCGCAAUUGCAUUUGGAAGAUUCUCGGCGAAUGGUCUGGAAAAUGUGGAGGAGAUGGUCAAGAUGGCUGUUGACCUCCCUGCGCCAUCGGAAGAGCCAAAGUCAGACACCCAUGCCGCAAGCGCCCCUAUCAAUAUCCAAGUCGGCGCAAAGGCACUCAACAGCUUCCGUGAAUCGAUCCAGAACUCCAUCAUCUACGAGCGAGGAUGGUUCAAAAGCGGCUUGCCCACACUGUCCGAGUGGUUGGUUCAAGAUCUCCAGGCUACAGACACCAUCAAGCCACCGAUGAAGACGCUUGUUGCUUCUAUAGUGGAUGAUGUAGAAGCAAGCAUCACGAAACAAGACGCUGCAAGAUUACAACAAUUGGCUUCCGUUCCAACAGAACAGGAUGUUACAACGUCUAUCGUUGGCCAUCUUGAGACCUGGGCCGAAAAGUCUCAUGCGGAGCUCCGCGACCAGCUCGAUGAAGCCUUCAUGGCGAAGAACUGGCAUAAGCUAGCUUGGUGGAAGCUCCUCUGGCGUGUCGACGACGUCACAAUGAUUAGCUCUGAGAUCCUCGAACGGCGAUGGCUCGUCUCAGCGGAGAAGAACAGCAUCUACCUCGCCGGCCGCAUGAACCAAGCCGGGUUUCCAGAUGACGUCCAACACCUUGCCGUGGCCGACAUUCCCGAGGUGACAACGCAGGAAACAGCACCGACAGCAGAGAAUCCGCGAACGGACCUCUCUACCAACGUCCGGAAGCCGAUGCCAUGGCCCGAUCACAUUGCCGCUGCUCGCACAGAACUCAUCAAUGAUACCGUCCCACCCCUACAGGCUCUCGCUCAACGACUCAUCCUACAAACCUUCAGCACAACUUCGCUCUCUUCCGCUGCAUCAACACUCCUCUGGGUGUCCGUGUCUUCGUUCUCCGUCUUCGAAGCUUCGGCUGUCGCAGCACUAGGUUUUACAUUCUCUCUUCGCCGUAUGCAGAAGCUAUGGGAAGGUGCCAGAGAAGCAUGGGAGAGUACCCUGAGAGAAGAAGGGAGACGCACGCUGAAGGGUACUGAGGAGAGGGUUAGGUUCAUCAUCAAAAACGGAGGAAAGGAGUAUGUUGAGGAUGAAAGUGUAGCUGAGAGGAAGGCAGCGAGGGAAGCUGUAGCAAAGGUUAGGGAGGCACUUGCGCGCAUGAACGGUGGUGAUGGAAAGGAGAAUGUAUGA